ACUUCAGUGGGAAGUGGGGCAGGACCCUGCGCGGGGCAGGGCAGGCCGGGCUGGGAUGGGGCUGUCCCUGCUGCCAGCUUCCCCUCUCCCCAAAAAUCCCCUGUUUGGAGGACAUCGGGGGGGCCAGGGCAGGCAGAGGGAGCUCUGUUAAGUGCCCAGGCAGGUCUCCCCCUUCCUUCUCCUUCAUCUGGGAGAAAGAAGGGCCAAAUUUUGUUUCCCUGCAGCGUGGUGGAGUCUUGGCUGUCCCUGGUUUUGGGUCAGGGGCACAGGGAAGCAUUUGGUGAGAGGCAGUUCCUCGGCUGGGCUGUUUAGAUCCCAAAUAAUUGAGAAUGAGGAUCCAGCACCACAGGGAAGAUGCUGGAUCCACAUUACUCUGGGCCUGGAUCUCCAUCACUGCCUGGUGUCAGCAGAGAGAACAGGAGCUUUACAGGGCAGCUUUCAGCCCCUGGCAAGGCUGCUUAGAAAAUUCCACAGAGUUAAGACAAGUUGUAUCUCUGUGUAAACCCUGUCUCCUGAACUCAGGAGACAUUCCCUGGCUUCCAACAACACCAGCAAUACUGUUAUUGUCAAACCCAUGUGCAAAUUAAGGAGCUUCACAACUUAAUUUAGCUUUUUUUUUUUUUUUUUUUAGAACUUCACAAAGAAAUCCCGUCCUGUGAACAAUGAAGAUCUUAGACCCAGGCUAACUCUUAGAGGUGCAAACCCUUUGUGAAUCCUUCCUUGCUGCUCUGGAGCAGAUGCUGAGGCUCUUUGGAGGGACCUUCUCCAGUCUCACACGGCGCCUGCCUGACAGCAGAGGAAGCGACGAGAGAGUCACGACCCUGUGCCCGAGUGCUGAGCCAUGCUGGGCCGGAAAACACGACUCCCCCAGGACCUGAACAGCCACCGCCAGCUGAACCAGUCCUGCCAGGAGGCCGUGCCCCUGCGGACCCGGGCAGCCAAGGACACAGAUGUCAGCUUGGAGGUGUUCAGUGGCUCCACGCCGGAGAUCAAGCCCAGCCGCAGCCGAGCCCAGCAGAUGCGGGACAGGAAAGGGCGCAAAGCUGAGCUCAAAGACUCCAACGGCAGAGAGGCAGAGACAAUUACCUUUAUCUCUGGCACAGCAGAGGCUCCCCCAAACCAGAGCUUUUGCUGUUCCUCUCUGUCUCAGGCCUGGAACACGUACAAGGCCGUUUUCUGUUGUAUAGUGACCUGUGGGGGCUGCUUCCAGGACUGCAGUGUCUGUGUCCCCUACCCGGGGCCCACCGAGACCUCCACUGACGAUGGAAAGAACGGAGACUAUAACGGGCGGCUGCCAAACAGCCCCACCAGCGUCUCUCCCGCUGAGAAGAACGGGAACCAGAUAAAAAAGUCCAGCGUGGGCAGCAGUUUCAGUUACCCGGAUGUGAAGCUGAAGGGCAUUCCUGUCUACCAAAACAGGAGCCCCAGCCACCAGCUGGAAUCGGAUUCCUGCUGCAAGGAGCUGCUGGAGAAGCCCUUCAGGAACAGCAUAGAAAAGCCGCCGCUCCCCAGCAGCCACCGGAGCUCGGAGGAGUAUUAUUCCUUUCACGAGUCUGAUGUGGACAUCAGUGAGCUGAAUGGCUCCAUGUCCAGCAGGCAGAUCGAUGUCCUGAUCUUCAAGAAGCUGACGGAGCUCUUCAGCGUCCACCAGAUCGACGAGCUGGCCAAGUGCACCUCGGACACCGUCUUCCUGGAGAAGACCAACAAGAUCUCGGACCUCAUCAACAGCAUAACUCAGGACUACAACCUGGACGAGCAGGAUGCCGAGUGCAGGCUGGUCCGAGGCAUCAUCCGCAUCAGCACCCGCAAAAGCAGGGUCCGGCCCCACAUUUCCAUCCCAGCCAGCCAGAGCCACGAGGAGAAGUCCAGCCGGGGCAACGCGCCCGACAGCGGCAACGAGACGAUGCUGGAGUCCAUGGUCAUGAGCCAGGAUGAUUUGGCCGUGCAAAUAUCGGAAGAAACCCCGGCAGAUGUGAUGGCCCGGAAUAUGAGGCGGCACAGCAGCGCAGGCUCUCCAACAAGCAGAGAUUCUUCUUUCCAAGACACAGAGACUGACUCGUCUGGGGCACCUCUGCUUCAGGUGUAUUGUUAAAGGACCCAAGCAGCAGGCAGGCAUUCCAGGGCUUUGCUGCAGUCACAUUCCUCCUCUUUCCAUAUGGAAUGUGCUAGGCCACUUUUCCCCCCCCCCAGUCUGCCCUGAUCCUUUAUUGAAGCCAAAUUCCUCCUGCUGCCUGAAUUUCACCGGAUAUUUUGGGGUUUUUUUGGACAAUGUAGAACAUCAAGGAGGAGAACUGUGGAGCUAAUGAACUUGGGAGGCGGAGUGUGUGCCCAGGGAGGAGGAGAUGGACAAGGAAGUAUCAGAUGACUUGUGCCUCUGUGAUUUCUGUAAAUCACAUUUAGCUCCAACAGCCUCAGUGGCCCAGCCCUUUCCCUGCUUUGGGGAUCUGUUGUACAGUCCUUGCUUCCUGGCACUGCCUGAGUUAACUUGGGUAGGGAAUAACUGAGUGGUGUCUCUGUGUUGGUGCUGAUAUUGAGGCUCUAGAGACCCAAAUCCCUCUCUAGGGACCCAAAUCUCUGUUUAAAGUGGCUGGGUUGGUCCCCAAAAAACUUGUGUGCUCCACCCAUGGUGUUUGCAGUAGCCAAUCUGCCUUCUCCCUGCUGACCCUUGGUGUCAUCUCCUGCUGCCUUGUGAGAAGGAGGUUCAGGUAAAGGGGUUAAUUUAAUUUUUGGCCUCUUGGUGUGUGACACGGGAGGUGGGAUGGCUGCUCAGCUGCUUCCUUCACCACCCCCCCGAGCAGACCAGGGGCAUCAGCUCUGCCAGCCUGAUGUGAACUAAAGCUGUGAGGUGUUCCCAGGUGCACACACUGACCUGUGACUUCCCUGCCAGUCACAGCUCUUCCUCACUCCUCUGCCAAGCCCUCCACGUUUUCCAUCACACUGGGCAAGCCUGGAAACAGGGCUGUGGCAGGUGAGGGAAAUAGUUUGUCUGUAACUUCUUGUGUUUGCUAGAAAGUGCCUUAAAAGUGGCUUGCUUUGAAAGGAGAGGCUCCUGAGAGUGUCUGCAGAGGGUUUGUGAGGCACUGCUCGUCCUUUCCUUCCCCUCAGCACCUUCUCCUUCCCUUUGCUCCUCUCCACCAGGCAGUGGGAAGCAGGAGAUGGGGCAUUGCUACCCCCAGGGCACAGUGCCAGGUGACCUUGAGGGCUGCAGCACUGCAGCAGGAGGAAGCUGGAUCUGUGGUGUUGCCACUUGGUUGUUUAUCAGAAAGUAAACACGUGCAGCCACGGGACUUGUUUAUACUUCUGGGUGUCCUUGGACAUGAAUAGAAAACACUUGGUUGAAUUUGCCAGCCAUAGAAUGAACACACCCACUGGUUUUGGGGGAGAGGGAACCCAAAAUAGGCCCUGUGCUUUGGUGUGGACCAUGUUUCUGUGCCUUUGUUUGGCUGGAAUGCGCUUUAAUUGGACUGAAAGGUGCCUUAAUUGAACUGAAAUGUGCCUUA